GCCACACAGGUUACAGCAGAGCUCUGGAAUGUCCAGUCCUUUGCAGAGCAGCUACAGACACACGUGAUCUCCCACCCAGCCUAUUGGCCUUGAAUGAUUCGCGUAAGAAUAGAAGUUUCAGGGCUGGAUCUGAGGCUCUGAGGCUAGGGAGGAGGGGCCUGAGCACGAAUAACGUAGCCUUGUCACCGCAGCUGGCUGCUGGCCAAGCUCCACCACUUCGCGGUGAAGGGUAACUGAACUUCCUGCGGAGGGAGGGAGGAAACAGUUAAAAUCCUGAGGCAGCUGCAAUCAUCUAGGCGUGGUUCCCUGCUCUGACUUGGGCUGCACAGAUCCUGGACCACGGGGCAGAGGAAGGACAGCAUUAGGCGGCAGAGCCUCCCAGAUGGCUGAGUUGGAUCUGAUGGCCCCAGGGCCCCUGCCCGUGGUCACUACUUAUCCUCUGGCCUCUCUUGGCUCAGACUCUGGGUCAGCCAGCCCAGCAGAAGAAAACGAUGUGGGCUCCCUGGGGAAGCAAGUGGAAGAGAACGAGGGACAGGGCAAUAGCGAGGUAGAGGCCAAGGCUCCUGGUGGUGAGAGUGAGGAGGAGAUCCUGUGUGACUUCUGUCUUGGGACCAGCAGAGUGAAGGCGGUGAAGUCCUGUCUGACCUGCAUGGUGAAUUACUGUGAGGAGCACCUUCGACCACACCAGGAGAACAGCAAACUACAUAGCCACCAGCUGACUGAGCCUGCAAAGGACCGAGACCUGCGCACCUGCCCUGCCCACCACAGUCCACUGGUUGCCUUCUGCUGCACAGACCAGCAGUGUAUCUGCCAGGAAUGUAGUCAGGAUGAGCACAGGAGCCACACUACUAUCUCUCUGGAUGCUGCCCGCAGAGACAAGGAGGCUGAACUUCGGUGCACCCAGUUGAACUUGGAGCAGAAACUCAAGUUGAAUGAAAACGCCAUUGCCAGGCUCCAAGCCAACCACAAGUCCGUGUUGGUGUCGGUGUCAGAGGUGAAAGUAGUGGCCGAGGAGCAGUUUGGGGAACUCCUUGCUGCUGUGAAGAAAGUCCAGGCUGAUGUGAUGCUCUUCUUGGAGGAGAAGGAGCAGGCUGCUCUGAACCAAGCCAACAGCAUCAAGACCCACCUGGAGUAUAGGAGUGCAGAGAUGGAGAAAAGCGAGCAGGAGCUGGCAAGGCUGGCGGCCAUCAGCAACACUGUCCUCUUCCUGGAGGAGUACUGCAAGUUUAAGAACACCGAAGACACUGCCUUCCCUAGUGUUUACAUAGGGCUAAAGGAUAAACUCUCAGGCAUCCGCCAGGUCCUCACGGACUCCACUGUACACUUAAUCCAGUUGCUGGAGAACUAUAAGGAAAAGCUCCAGGAGUUUGCCAAGGAAGAGGAGUACGACAUCAAAACUCAAGUGUCUGCUGUUGUUCAGCGCAAAUAUCGGACCUCAAAGCCUGAGCCCAGAACCAGGGAACAGUUCCUCCAAUAUGCGUGUGACAUCACAUUUGACCCAGACACAGCACACAGGUAUCUCCGGCUGCAGGAGGACAACCGCAAGGUCACGAACACCACACCCUGGGAGCAUCCCUACCCAGACCUCCCCAGCAGGUUCGUGCACUGGCGGCAGGUGCUGUCCCAACAGAGUCUGUACCUACACAAGUACUAUUUUGAGGUAGAGAUCUCUGGGGCAGGUACCUAUGUUGGCCUGACCUGCAAAGGCAUUGACCGGAAAGGGGAGGGACGCAACAGUUGCAUUUCCGGAAACAACUUCUCCUGGAGCCUCCACUGGAAUGGAAAGGAGUUCACAGCCUGGCAUAGUGACACUGAGACACCACUCAAAGCUGGUGCUUUCCGGAGGCUUGGGAUUUACAUUGACUUCCCAGGAGAGAGCCUUUCCUUCUACGGUGUAGAGUAUGAUGCCAUGACUCUGGUUCACAAGUUUGACUGCAAGUUCUCAGAGCCAGUCUAUGCUGCCUUCUGGCUUUCCAAGAAAGAAAAUGCCAUCCGGAUUAUGGAUCUGGGAGAGGAACCUGAGAAACCAGCACCACCCUCGGUGGGAGAGGAACCUGAGAAACCAGCACCACCCUCGGUGGAGGCUGCUCCCUAGACUCCAGGACCCACAUCCCAGGCCUUUGCUAACUGUGACAAUGGGGCAGCAACUUGCAUUUUAAGACUGACUUGGAGGCAGAAAUAGCUACCAUUGGUAGCUGGCUUUAGCUGUCCAGCUGUCCUUCAUUGCUGCAGGCAGCACUGUUGUCUGUGUGUUUGCAGUAAUUCUAAGGCACCAAAGUCCCCCCCAUGAGCUUCUAAUGAUACUCUUAUCUCUGUUCAGGCUAGCAACAUGCUCUGCCCAAGAUUAGGAACCAAGAUCUCUCAGGGAACUAAAAGGAUUGCAGAGGAAACCUGAACACAUUGUAAACUUUGUUGUGCAUUUCCUAUGUGACAGACCCUGAGUGCUUCCUGUGUAUUAAGUCAAUCCUCUCACCAGACCUCAUUUUGCAGAUGGGGAGCCUGUGGUCCAGGGCAGUCCAGGGUGGCUAGCUAACUAAGUGAAGGGCAAAUCUGGGUGAGCUGUUACUGAACUUUUGAUCAACACAAUAUAUUGCCUUCCUCAUUAGAUAAUGAAUGUUGUAUAAAAGGGAAUAAACCACACGGUGAAUUACAUAGCUGUGAAGCAGUGCCUUUAACCAUCUCCUCCUAAGAGUUGUCAUAUCAUUUUGCAUGUACCGUUCUGGUUCACCCAUCCAGCCAUGCACUGGCCAAGAGUUCACCACCUCCCAUGUAGCUUGUUCUGGUUUUGGACAGUGAAGUGGGAACAACUGCCU